CUAAAGCCUGGGCAUUACUGUAGCUCAGGGAGCUAACGCCAGUCUUCAUGUCUCAGGUAGGUACCAUCUCUGUUCCAUCUCCUAGGUGUUGAGGGACCGUCUGGGCGUGCGUUGCCUGCUGGGUCUGACUGCCACCCUGUCCACAGCCCUGGACAUCGCUCAACACCUGGACAUCACUGACCAGGACGGUAUCGCUGUCCGCUCAGCCGCAGUGCCUCACAACCUGCAGCUGUCUGUCUCCAUGGACCGAGACAAGGACCAGGAAGUGGAAGAGGAGGGGCCAGGGGGAGGUGGUGAUUGGCCCACGACUAGGGUGUGUCACACCCAUGAGAGGGCCAUCCCUAUGCAGGACACUGUGGAAGCCCUGGACAUCACUGAGGAAGGUUUGGCGACUCUGCUGUGCUACCUGGAGCUGCAUCGUCUGCUCCACCCUCUCCGUCUGUAAGAUGGUCUGUUACAACGGCCCUCAGCAGCUCUGCAAACUCACCAAGAUCUGCCCACCUGUUGCCGUGGUGUUGGCCUGGAAACGGAUGGCAGGGGAGCGAGUGGAGGCCUGUGAUUCGCUGGACUUUGACGUGGUGGAGGUGGCAGACACUAUGGGCUGGCAGCUGGGUCUGGUGAAGAGAGGUCUCAGACAACUACAAUGGGCCACAAACAGGAGUCUUGGUGGAGUUCUCCAACCUGUCCUUCUACUUCCGUUCCUACGGUGACUUGACCCCGGAUGAGAUGGACCGAGUGUGUAAGUUCCUGUAUGGCAGGGAGGUGGCCCAGGAGAGCACCAAGCUGUACCAGCUCAAAGCCUGCUUCAAGGCCUUCCGCAGUGUCGCAUACAAGAGCUGUAGUUUCUGCACAGACGAGCUGGAAGAGAGGCGAAGCCUGAAGCUGAAAGGGCUUCUGUGGGAUUACUUUGACAAGAGGAGAGACUUGGACCUGAGCAGGAAGUACCAGGAAGAGAAGGAUGGAGAGGACGGACGAGGUGUUGAUGAAAUGCAAAAUGAAGGACUGGGAGGGUCAGAUCAGAGCGGAUAUUCAGAGUUUCCUGGGCAACCACAGUGAUGAGACGUUCUCUGGCAGAGUUGUCGCUAGAAUAUUCCAUGGAAUUGUGCCUUUCUGUGCAGUCAGUAGACCAGCUGGUGGGUAACUUCACCAGCACUGGUGGUCUCCUUCACAACGAGGGCUUCUUCAGAGUAGCGGCAGGAUGCCACCUCUACCUCAUCUCUCCCACCGAGGCCUGCUCUGCCGUGAGGGCAGGGAGGUGGGGGGAUGAGACGGACCACCUCAUCCAGGAAAUCACAGGCCAUGACCACCACGGACACAGGGAUGGGCAUGGACACGGAGACAUGGAGAGCAGUGACAUAGAGACUCUGCUCCGAAACAUGGAGAAGCACUACCGGCCUGAUCAGCAGUACGACCAGCACUGUCUCACUGGUCAAGACAUCUUAGAGGAGAGCAGCGCGUCAACUAGUUACGGUGACCCUCACAACACGGAUGUGGUGUUUGGAUACAUAGUUUACCAUGCUUUACGAGGUGACUGCAUGAUGGCCAGAGCAUUACCUGAAGAAGACUAUUUUCUGGAUUUCAUAUUCAACCGCUUCGGCUCCGACAACAUCACUAUUCACGAGCUGGAAGGUAUUAUGAAGAGCCUGCAACUGGGUGGAAUCCACGAAGAGGACCACGAUCAUGAACAUGGAGAUCAAGAUGGACACGACGAUGACCAUGGUCACGAUGACCACGUUGACCAUGACCAUAGUGACCACAGUACCACUAGCGGGGGUCGAGGUGCUCAGAGUGGUUGGGGGGGUCGAGGUGGAAGUGAAGCCUUCAGGCAGAGUCACGAGGAGGGGUACUACCAGAGGAACAUCAGCAGCUGGGACCUGACAUGUUUCAGCCCAGAGGAACUGGUAAAGAUCCAUGGGCUGAAUGGAUCUAGCCUGUCCAGGUAUGACGUGGCCCGGCUUAGCCCAGCCCUGGUCCAGCAGAUCCUCAGUGGGGCCUGCAACAGCACCUCUCCCCCUACUGGACCAUCAGACCAGCUCAGCACCAUAGAGAAGUAUGUGUAUGCCACCAUCGCCAAUCUUCUGAUCUGUCUGGCCGCUGUGGUUGGCGUUGUGGUGCUGCUGUGUACUUCCUGUAGUAGUGUCUUCCAGCUCAUCAUCCAGUUCUGUGUCAGCCUGGCCGUGGGCUCCCUCACUGGGGACGCCCUGUUGCACCUCCUGCCUAUGUUCCUAGGCCUCCAUGUUCACAGUGAAGGAACAGACCACAGCCACUCAGAGGAGGUUCCAGACUACAUCUAUAAGAUACUGGUGCUGAUGGCUGGCAUCUACUGCUUCUAUCUCAUGGAGACUAUCUUCUCCAUCGUCACCACGCACCAUGCCCCGCAUCACCAUGGGGCGGAGUCUGAGCCCCAUCACUGUGACCAUGGUAAAGUCCUGGAGAUGUACCUGCAGGACAAAAAGAACAAGCAGUCUGUAUCGCAGACAGACCUGGUUGAUAGCAAUGACACAGAGAAAGCCUUUCCAGAACAAAACCAACACUCAAGGGAACAGCGUCUGCUACCCUACAUGGUUACCAUAGGGGACGGCAUACAUAACUUUGCCGAUGGCCUGGCUAUCGGAGCGGCCUUUUCUGUGUCCUGGAAGUCAGGCCUUGCCACGUCUCUGGCUGUGUUCUGUCAUGAGCUGCCUCAUGAACUGGGUGACUUCGCUAUCCUGCUGCACAGCGGGGUGUCAGUGAAGAAGGCCUUGAUGCUGAACGUGGCCAGUGCCCUCACAUCCUUCAUCGGACUCUACAUCGCCCUCACCAUCUCUACUGACAUGGCCACCAAGCAGUGGAUCGCUGCCAUCACCUCUGGUCUCUUCCUGUACGUGGGUCUGGCUGAUAUGCUCCCCACCAUGGUCCAUGCGGACAACCGUAGGCCCUGGCUCAUGUUCCUGCUGCAGAACGUAGGACUGCUGUCUGGCUGGGGCAUCCUGCUGCUCCUCUCUCUAUAUGAGGAUAAAAUUGGCUUCUAGAGCCUCCCAGUCCUAACACUGUACAGUACAAUACAUUUACAAAUGACACUCUGUAGGCUAUGCUAUAUUUCACCUGUUUUGAGAUUGUUACUGUAUCUGUAACACGCUUGGUAUUUCUAAAUGACACAACAUUACCUGACAUUACUUUUCUAGAUGUUAUAUACAGUAUGAGCAUACAGGCUAGUUCUGGUGUAUCUUAUGCAUCUAACACAUGGAAGUAUAAUCUGUUGGUGUUCUGUUUGGACACAUCCUGCCAUUGGUGCUAAUGUUACUAUUUGAAGGGAUAUCAUCUGAAUGUGAUUAGUUCAAACUGUAAUUUAUACAACCUAUAUUUAUAAUGGGACUCACAGGUCCUCAGGCUACUUCCUCUCUAAUUGUCACACCUUUUGUAUUAACCUCAUGUACAGUGCCUUCAUAAAGUAUUCACACCCCUUGA